AUGUCAGCGACCACUUUGCGAAAGCGCUCUGCGCCAUUGCAUCAUGAUGCAUCAUUCGGCUCUGGCGUUAUGCCCGAGCACAAGCGCCGACGUAUCAGUUACACGAGCUAUGCGGUCGCGGAGAAUGAUGGCCUGGAAUAUUGUCGAGCACAAGAUCCCACCUUCGUGAAUCGGGCUGCUCGUAUGCGCGUUGUCUGGGAAAAUUACGCUUCCGCGAUCAGCAAUCAAUGUCGGUUGCGCAAGGAGAGGAAUGAUCUGGCUCUCGCAGCCAUCAAAUCGGGUAACGAGAGUCGCUCGCUCACGCAGCAGGUACUUGCAUGUCAACGGGUCUCGGAGGAAACUGUUACUCGCGCGGCUGCGGAGCGUAAGAAUCUGGAUGAGCGACGUCAAAGUGCCGAAGACAGUUGCGCCAGACUUAGUGGGGAAGCAACCUCACACAAGGAAGCAGCCUUGGAAAGCGCCCGCGCCCAUGACCAGACGAUCGCACGCAUCAACAGCGAGAUCUCCGUGCUGAGAGCGAAAGUCAGCCAUUAUGAGUCUGGUGCAGUAGUCGAAACUCAGGAAUACCAGAGGCUCUUGCAGGAGUACAAUCGGCAGUCAGACGAGCUUCGGGAGAAGAACAUCUUUCUUCAGCAAUACCAGGAGGCGGCGCAGACCGUAGAAGCCCAGAAGCCCAUAAGUCAGGAUCUAAGCCACUUAUUCGAGCAUCAUGACGCCGUAGAUAAAGCGCGAGAAGAAGGCCGAGAAGAGGGACGACAAGAUGCUGAGAAUGACGUUUCGCAGAGGGUCGCCCGAAUACAGGAGGAGCUCGAGAAACAUUACCAAGCACUCUAUAAUGAAGAGCUCAGUCGUCUCCAGCCGAAUAGUGAGCCAGCGGUCGAGCCACUCGAGCAGCAAGCAAUAACGGAAGCAUCUGCAGAACAGUUGCACCAGCAAGAGAAUACUGAGCCCAAUGCAUCGAUGCCACCAACUCGUGUGCCGCUGGCACCAAAAUCGACGAAUACAAAAUCGGCGCAAUUUUUGGCCAAGCGACCAGCUGGCAGAAAGCUCGACACCACUACUCGACCACCAGGCGUCUCAAAGUCACAGCUGAAGAAGGAUCAAGUCAAUGGUUCCACCACGCUGCGAGCCAUGACUGCACCUGUCGCGAAGUCUGCCGCUUUGCGGAAAACCCUCGAGGAGCGACGUCAAAAGGCUCAAGGCAAGCUUUCACAAGAGGCUACAAUGUCCACUGUCGAAUCGCAGGAAACAGUGGAUUACAUGUCUCAGGACUUUAGCUGUGAAAUGGACCUAGCCGAGAAGCACUACAUUGCAGAGCAAUGGGACAAGCUUCCAUACAAAGAUCUCUUGCACAGCCAGGACGGCACUCGCUGGCUCUUGUUCACCUAUCGGCCUGGUCGCAAACCAAUGCGAUCCGCCAUUGCGCCGAGCCAGCUGAACAUUGCAAACAAGCAGGUUCAUAUCUUGCCGUAUCCGAAGGUGGAGCAGAUGUCUUUGAAAGCACAAAUUGGUUAUGCGAAGCUCUGUCUGCUCGCGCAGAUACCAGAAUGUCAAGCGGAGGCAGCCAAAACCUUCUUGUCUACAGAUCAGUUCCAGAACUGGCUCAUGCGGUCUUUUGGAUCGGCAGUUGUACCAGAUGCUCCAGAGAGAGAUGACCUGCCAAAGCUAUGGGACCAGGCAGUUGGUAUGCUCAAUAAAGAUGCACGCUUCCAGAAAGCCUGUAUUAUGUGGAGCGAUGGUGCGACUGCUAAGGAUUAG